AUGGCUUUUCGGUGCUUCUCUUUGCUGCUGACUGUGGUCCUGGGUCGGAACUCCUCGGCACCUCGCGAGCACGAGGACUUCUAUGCGUUCCUCCUGCACAUCACCGAGGGACGGCCAGAUUUGCGACAGUUCCUGGUGAGGAAGAUGCUCCUCCACCUGACCACCCCUGCCUGGGCCGGUGUAGAAUGCCCAGCUCCGAAUCGUGCUUCCAGACGCGGCGAUGGUGGACCAGCCGAGGCCUUAGAGGUGAUCGCCCUCAUUGCUACGCCAGUCGAGGAAGCCUUCUCCUGGCGAGCCAUGGUCCGCAAGACUUUGAAGGAACUCGCCGUCGGCGUCACAGCGGGAUGUCCAGUGGCUAUACACGCGCGCUUCGCGGUGGGCCUCCCGCCAGCUCGACAGAUGGACCAACUCCAACUCGAGGCGGAGACCUUCGGAGAUUUGGCGCGGCUGAACAUGACUGACAAUUUCAUCACUGCCGGCCAGAACUCGGAGAAGUCUUUUCUUUCCUUUGCGUGGGCGGUGCAACACUUCCCGGAUGCCGACCUAGUUUUUCACCAAGAUGGCGACACCAUGGUGGACUGGCGCGAAGCUGUCCCACGAAUGCUGCGGCGCGUCUUCGGCCUCCUUCCGCCUGCACGACGUGACAUCAGAAGGUUGUACUUGGGUCGACUGUGUGAGCGAGCGCCGUCGCACCUCCUCGCUGGCUGCCCUGGUGCUGUUGAGAUCGAGCCUUGUGGGGCCGGAUCUCUCUACGGCUUCUCAGGUGAUGUGGUGCGGUGGAUCGUGGCGACGCAGAACCCUGAGGUGGGUCAUCGCAUGAACUACGAGGAUCUUCAUGCUUGCCGCUGGGCGCGGCGCUUCGAAGAGGCUCACCACGGUCUCGACGUCUGCGGUCUUCUGCGAGCGAGGGACUUCCAGAAUGCCUGGAUCCAUCCGGUCAAGGACUCGCGGGCAUACAUGAACUGCUUCUACAACCGCUCGCACGGUUGCUUCGCAAACGAUCUCGGCCUGCAGCGGUUGCAUUUCCGGCUGCCAGAAAAAGUGUAG